AUGUCACUAUCGAAACCUUUCGAAGAAAACAAUCUGCAUAAUUCCAGUCAUUUUGUUAAAAAUGCGAAUUUAAAUCUUCCUAUGUUUGGAGGGGCUAGAAGUGCACCUGUGUUGCCCCCUAGGCCUUCGAAUUCCACCCUGGCAAAUGGAUAUAACAACUUCAAUUCUUAUAAUAUGCCCUAUUCUGGUUAUGGUGGCUACAAUUCCUACAAUUCUUUCAACUCCUAUGGCACACCAUACCGCAGCACCCCAUACACCAGCUAUGGCUCCUCAUACAACAACUAUGGAUCGUUUGGAGGCUACCCAAACUAUGCAGCUGACGAUCAUGAAAGACGUUUCAUCCAGUACGCUGAGGAAAGUUCGAGAAACACUUUUGCCAGCGUUGAAAACAUCGUGCGAGCGUUCAACAGCAUAGCUAUGAUGCUGGACAACACUUUUUUCGCGAUGACCUCUAGCUUCAGGGCUGUUUUGAGCGUGGCAGAGAAUUUCGGGCGGUUGCGAUCGAUGUUUGGCCAAAUCUGGUACUCCGUCAACAUUUUCAGGUUUCUCAGUUGGUUGUAUAGGAAACUGAUGAGGUUGGUUGGCUACAAGGUGUCUAAUAGCACAACUUCUGUGGCUUGGAAGCAGGCGAAAAAUGGAGCAGUGGGACCCCCUGGACCAGGACCAGGGAAAGGCUCCAGCUGGCCUACCAUUGCUUUUCUAGGAGUGCUGAUGUCAGCACCUUACAUCAUCAGCAGGUUUCUUCCUAAAUAUGAAGAUAAAGGAGAUCCUGCGAACUGGAAAUCCCCAGGAAUCCGUGCUAAAGCUGUGUUUGACUUUAUCGCCACCGCACCCAACGAGCUCAACAUCCAGGCCAACGAUCUAGUUCUGUUGGCCCCCACGUCCAUUCAAGAAGAAAUGAACCUGAAGAAUUCUGGAUGGGCGUUCGGCGUCUGCAAGAGCAAGUCAGGCCUGGUGCCCUUGAAUUACCUAGUCAUCAGCAAAAACAGGCCUAUUUUGAGCAGUCAGAAGCCCGUGGCAGAAGCUGAAGAACCGCCCGUCCCAAGAGUAUUCCCCAAAACACACACAAAGAGGGUUAGUUUCGGGGAGAACCAGAUUUUUGAAAAUGUCGAUCUUGAGGAUUAUUUGCCAAGGGAAGAUUCAUGUGAUAAAGCAGAGAAGGAAGUGGGAAAAUCAGAGACUGAUAAAGCUGAAGUUAAAGCAGACAUAGCUGAAUAG